AUGAGGGUCUUCUCCGUUGGGUUGGUGACGGCGACGCUGCUGUGCGCUUGGAGCGAUGCCAGUGCGAGGAUAGCACCAAAGAGCAGGUUUGUCGGCUUUCGUCAAGUGACACUGAACCCAGAUCAGGCUCAAACCUACCCCAGCGGAGGUGUUGGUCCCCGUCAGGUGACACUGAACCCAGAUCAGGCUCAAACCUACCCCAGCGGAGGUGUUGGUCCCCGUCAGGUGACACUGAACCCAGAUCAGGCUCAAACCUACCCCAGCGGAGGUGUUGGUCCCCGUCGGGUGACACUGAACCCAGAUCAGGCUCAAACCUACCCCAGCGGAGGUGUUGGUCCCCGUCAGGUAACGCUGAACCCAGAUCAGGCUCAAACCUACCCCAGCGGAGGUGUUGGUCCCCGUCAGGUGACACUGAACCCAGAUCAGGCUCAAACCUACCCCAGUGGUGGUGUUGGUCCCCGUCAGGUGACACUGAACCCAGAUCAGGCUCAAACCUACCCCAGCGGAGGUGUUGGUCCCCGUCAGGUGACACUGAACCCAGAUCAGGCACAAACCUACCCCAGUGGUGGUGUCGGUCCCCGUCAAGUGACACUGAACCCAGUUCAAGCUCAGACCUACUCCAGUGGUGUUGGCCCGCGCAUGGAAGUGGCACCACAGUUUGAAAACAGAGCUGCAGUAGAAUGCGGUUCUUACUACAUAGCUCCAGGUGCUUCCAAGACAAUCCAGUCAAAGAACUACCCCAGUAACUACCCUGGUGGCAAGAGGUGCAAAUGGAAAUUCCAAACUUCUGUCGACUCAAAGUUAAGCAUCCAGUGUGACGAUUUCAACCUACAAACGUCGAAAAAAUGCAGGAAGGAUUUCUUCCGAGUCACAGAUUCUUCUGGCUUUAAACAAAAAUACUGCGGUGCCAAGGGUUCUCUGAGCAUUUCUGAUAAAUCUAGGAAAGUUACUGUUUUGUUCAAAACAAACAGGAAGAAAUCUAAUACAGGAUUUUCCUGCUCUGUCAGAGCUUCAGUGCCAGACUCCCAAACAACAACUGUAGACCCUCAGCCAACUUCAGAGUGUACUGGAUGUGGACAAGUGAACCGUGCCAACCGCAUUGUUGGUGGAGUAGAGACGGAGGUGAACGAAUAUCCCUGGAUGGUUUCUCUUUUCAACGGCAAUGGAUAUUAUCACUUCUGUGGCGGUUCUAUCAUCUCCAGCCAAUGGGUCGUCACUGCAGCUCACUGUGCAGCUGUCAUGAGCACCUCGGAUUACGUGUUGGUGGGAGACCACAAUCUGUACUCAUCAAGUGAUGCCAAUUCUCAGUGGAUGCAGAUUGCUGAAAUUGUGAGCCAUCCGUCCUAUGAUUCGAAUACACUGGACAACGACAUUGCCCUCAUCAGACUCACCACAGAAAUACAGUUCCCAUCUGACAAUAAAAUCGCCCCUGUGUGCCUUCCAACAGCUGGUGAAAUGUAUGAUAAUGUGGAUGCCACAAUCACAGGAUGGGGAGCCCAACAGGAGGGAGGAUCCACAUCCGGCACCUUGUUCGAGGUAACAGUGCCCACCAUGACAAACACCGAAUGCAAUAACAAGUAUGGUGGAAGCAUUACUGACAACAUGAUCUGCGCAGGCAUUCCUGAGGGAGGCAAGGACUCCUGUCAGGGAGACUCUGGAGGACCAAUGGUGGUGGAAGAAAACGGCAAGUGGAAGCUGGUGGGAGUUGUGUCGUGGGGAUAUGGCUGUGCUCGACCUGAAAGGCCUGGAGUCUACGCCAGAGUUACACGGGAUAAACUGUGCCUUCAAAUUUUAACAAAGUCCAUGCUUGGUCAAGAGUCGAAAAAGCCUUCCCAUGAUUGCUUAAUAUUUGAGAUCAAGUAA